GUCGUGCAAGAAGUACCCGGGCCCUUCCUGACAGGCGCUCAAACAUGGCCGCCAACAUAGAACAAAUAUUCCAAGACUUUAUUUUAAAUAAAAUAAGAGAAAUUGAGGACCAACAAGAAGAAAACGGUCCUGUGAAGGCCUUGGCUUCAGACGCCGACGCCGCCGCCAGGACCAUACCGGACUCUGAGAGGGAUGACAAGGAAGAGGACAGCCAGGGAGCAGCCCUCAAGAAACACAAGAAGCACAAGAAGCACAAGAGCAAGAAGAGCAAGAAAAAGAAGAAGAAACGAGACAAAGACGAGAAGGAGAGCAGCUCUGAGUCUGGGGUCGAGUCAGAAGGAGAGUCCAAGCAUCGCUCCAGCAGAACACCCGGAGAGGAGACCCAUGAUGGAGACGGCAAUCGAAAAGCCAGUCGGCACAAGCAGCACUUGACGGGGAAGAAGAAGAAAAGGAGGCGGAAAAAAGAAGAUGGCCAAAGCUCGUCCGAGUCAGGGGGCAGCCAGAAGGGUGGCCGCCGGGGCUCCGGCUCCACAUCACGCCGGCAGGAAGACCUCCCAGACAUCAUUCCCAAGCAGGACAGCUCUAAGGCCGGAGGAGCCGACCCCGGGAGAGGGGGUGGGAGGAGCCACACCUCGCGCUCCCAUGUCCCGUCCCGCUCCCGCUCCCGCUCAGCGCGGAGAGCGCACCGCUCCCGCUCGCGCUCCAGGCGGCGCAGCCGGAGGUCAAGGUCCCGCUCCCGCUCAAGGUCCAGGCGUCGCAGAACUAAGUCCACUUCCAGGUCAAGGUCCCAGUUCGGCCGGCGAUCCAGGAGGACAAAGUCCCGAUCCCGGUCCCCCAGGAGCCGCCGGCGGUCGCCCAAGGGCCGGCGGUCAAGGACCCGGUCUGGAUCCGGGACGAGGGGCUCUGGACCGGACAAGAAGCCCUCCCUCGACCCAGCCGCCGGUGUGGCGGAGCCCUCCGAUCCCUGCCUUCCUGGCAACGAACCCCAGGUCCCUGACCCCGUCGUAGAGCCUGCGGCCCCCACCCCGCGGGACCCUCUCAUCCCCUCCCCGGACCCUUCGCCCCCAGAAGCCGUGGCGGUGAAGGCGGCGGGGUCAUGGAAACCACUGCCGCCCUUGGAGAUCAUGACCUCCGCCAGUUCGUCACGGAAGGACGGCUCCACCAACACCCCCACCCAACCCUCGACCCAACCCUCGAACCAACCCUCGACCCAACCCUCGACCCAACCCUCGACCCAACCCUCGACCCAACCCUCCAUCCAACCCCCCACCCAACCCUCCAUAGAACCCUCCACCCAACCCUCCAUAGAACCCUCCAUAGAACCCUCCACCCAACUCUCUACCCAACCCUCCAUAGAACCCUCCUCCCAACUCUCCACCCAACCUUCCAUCCAACCCACCAUUGAACCCUCCAUCCAACCCUCCAGCCAUUCCUCCACCCAACCCGCCAUCCAACCCUCCACCCAUUCCUCCACCCAACCCUCCUCCCCACCCUCGAUCGAAGCCUCCACCCAACCCUCCAUCCAACCCUCCACCCAACCCUCCACCCAACCCUCCACCCAACCCUCCAUCCAACCCUCCACCCAACCCUCCAUCCAACCCUCCACCCAACCCUCCAUCCAACCUUCCGCGGCUGGACCCGAACGUCCGGCCGGUGGCCCCGCGUCCCCCCGCCCCGUCCCCGGUGGGGAGGGCUGUGGGGACGGGGCGGGCCCCCCCGGGGAGGACCCGCCCGCCGCUGAGCCCCAGAGGGCAGACCGAGCGGCGGACCCUCCGGCCCAGGAGAGAGGGGAGGACGCGGGGGAGGGCUCUCCGGUUCAAAAAGAAUCCGACGAUCCUGUCCCACUGCCUGGUCCCUGUGACAUACAGCCCGGCGCUGUCGACCCGGGACAUCCUACAGAGAGCCCCCGUCUGUCAGAGAAGCCGCACCCAGACGACGGCAAGGAUACCAAGUCCUCCACGAAGAAGAAGAAGAGGACGUCGUCCAAGUCGCCGCAGAAGAAGGAGGCCAAGAAGAGCAGCAGGCGGAGGUCCAGGUCCAACUCCCGCGCCCGCCGGAGGAGCUCGCGCUCGGUGAGCCACAGCAAGAGGAAGAGGUCCGGGUCCCGGAAGAAGAGGUCCGUGUCGAGGAAGAAGAGGUCCGUGUCGAGGAAGAAGAGGUCCGGGUCGAGGAGGAAGAGGUCCGGGUCCAGGAGGAAGAGGUCCGGGUCCCGGAGGAAGAGGUCCGGGUCCCGGAGGAAGAGGUCCGGGUCCCGGAGGAAGAGGUCCGGGUCCAGGCCGCGGAGGAGAUCCAGGUCCAAGUCCAGGUCCAAGAAGAAAUCAAAGUCAAGGUCCCCGGCCCGGCGGUCCAGGAGGUCGCGGUCCGGGUCGCGGGCGCCGCGCCGGGGCGCGUACGGCGGGGGCUUCAGCCAGCGGGACCGCUGGAAGAGGGAGCCCAGCCACUCCCCCGUGCUCAUCCUCCGCAAGAACCGCUCGCCCGCCCCCACGCACGGCGGCGCCGGCCAGAGCCCGCCGCGCAUCACGGAGCUGGACAAGGAGCAGCUGCUGGAGAUCGCCAAGGCCAACGCAGCGGCCAUGUGCACCAAGGCGGGCGUGCCCAUCCCGGACAACCUGAAGCCCAGGCUGACCGGCCAGCUGCUCAUGCCCCUCACCAUGCCCAUGCCCAACAUGGCCAUGAACGCAGCCAUGGCCAGCAUGACCGCCGCGACCAUGACGGCGGCGCUGUCCAGCAUGGGGGCCCUUGCUGCCAUGCCCCCCCUGCCCUCCAUCACCAAUAAGCCCCCGCCCGGCCUCCCCCAGCUCAACAUGGCCGCCCUGGAGGUGGUGAAGAAGAAAGUGACCAAGCAGGCCAACAGCAUCAGCAUCAAGGAGUUCACGGACAAAUGCAAGAUGAUCGUGGACAGCAAGGGAGAGCUGCCUGUGGCCCAGCCUCACGUCUCAGAUGAGGAGGACGAGGGGAAACCCUUCGGGAGCGCAGCCCUGCGAGAGCAGAAGGCCAUCAGCUUCAGCAUCAAUAACAUGUCCGUCCGACCGGCCGCGCGGAGCGAUGCGGGCAUCGCCAAGGAGUUCCCCGUCUCCUCGGGAUCCCAGCACCGCAAGAAGGAGGGCGACGCCCCCGGCGCCUACGGAGAAUGGGUCAAGGUGGAGAAGACCACCGCCGCGGCGGCCAAAGCGGCGGCGGCCGCCGUCGCCGCCGCCAUGAAGGCGGCGGCGUCCUCCUCGUCGCCGGGGGCGGCGGCUGCCGAGACGCAGCCCCCCGCAGUCACCCCGGCGGCCGAGACACAGGUGGCCUCCGUGUCCUCCGCCAGUGACAGCGUUUUCCCCGAGCCACCGCUACAGCCGGUGGACAUCUCCCAGGCUGUGAUUGAGCGGAUCAAAGCUCAAAGGCGAUUGGCCGAGAACCCUUGCGACGUCAGCGCCAUCAGUAUGCUCAGCCGCGCACAAGAGCAGGUGGACGCCUGGGCCCAGUCCAACACCAUCCCCGGGCUGUUCACCGGCUCCACGGGGGCCACGGUCCUCACCUCCGAAGAGCUGUCCAGCAGCGGGCCCCAGGCCUGGCUCAAAAAGGACCAGUUCCUUCGUGCGGCGCCCGUGUGCGGGGGCCCGGGGGAGUUCCUGAUGAGGAAGAUGGGCUGGAGGACGGGCGAGGGGCUGGGCCGGAACCGCGAGGGCACGGUGGAGCCCAUCAUCAUCGACUUCAAGAUCGACCGCAAAGGACUUGUUGCUUCAGGGGAGAAGCCUCAGAAGCAGACCGGGGGGCUGGUGGUGACCAAGGACCUCAUGGGGAAGCACCCGGUCUCCGCCCUGAUCGAGCUGUGCAACAAGCGGCGCCUCCUGCAGCCCGACUUUGUGAUGGUGCACCACAGCGGGCCCGACCACCGCAAGAACUUCCUGUUCAAGGUGACGGUGAACAGCGUGGACUACCAGCCCCAGUCCGGCAGCCCCAACAAGAAGCACGCCAAGGCCAUGGCCGCUAUGGUGGCCCUGCAGGGCCUGGGCGAGGUUCCUUCGGACGGACCGGGACUCUACACCGGCCCAGUGUUUACUGCGGCCUCCACUGGACCCUUGUUCUCUACCUGAUGGCCGUGCCACACGCCGGCCUGGGGUUCUCACUGUCUCUGUUACAUAGCACAGCCUGGUCCCACCACUGCCGCUCCUCAAUCAAUCACAGUGUACUGGAUAGUGAAUAUUGUGAUAGAUAUUGUUAUGGAUAGUGAAGUGUCGCACCGUGUCUGCAGACUCAUUCGUCGAGUAGCCUGAUUAUUCACAUUGAUUGUGAUUUUUAAAAAGAAUAAAGCUGUAUUUAACUCUUA